GUAUGGAUCCAGAGGAGGGCUGAGGAGGUGUAGUCUUCAUAAGAUCUGUCCCUGUGGGAACUUACACAUUUACCGCUGGCUGGAGCUCAUUGAGCUUUAUCAUUUUUUUUGACGGGAGUAUUUUUUCUUUUUGGAGGUAAGCUGAAUCACAGGGUUGUACGACUGGGACAUCUCUUACAUGUACCUCGUCACCCAGCUGAUGACAGAUAGUCUUGGACCUUGGAUGCAAAGGCAAGCGGCGAUGCGUCGGCACCGCUGUUAACUCUUUGGACACAAACUGAGCUGAAAGCUUGUUUUUUUUUUUUUGUUUGUUUGUUUGCUGGUUGCUAUCUUCAAGAAGGGCAGAGGAAAUCUGAAAUCCACGAUAAUGAAGCUGAAACCGAACCAGACCAGGACGUACGACGGAGAGGGUUUUAAGAAAAGAGCGGCGUGUCUGUGCUUCAAGAAUGAACGGGAGGAGGAGGUUCUGCUGGUCAGCAGCAGUCGGCACCCGGAUCAGUGGAUCGUUCCUGGAGGAGGGAUGGAGCCCGAGGAGGAGCCGUGGGGCGCCGCGGUGCGAGAAGUCUUCGAGGAGGCCGGCGUGAAGGGCAAACUGGGACGCCUGCUCGGUGUGUUCGAGCAAAACCAGGACCGGAAGCACCGGACGUACGUUUAUGUUUUGACUGUGACGGAGACGCUGGAGGCCUGGGAGGACUCGGUUAACAUAGGCCGGAAGCGGGAGUGGUUCACCGUGGACGAGGCCAUCAAAGUGCUGCAGAGCCACAAACCGGUUCACGCCGAGUACCUGCGGAGACUCCAGCUCAGCUGCUCCCCCACCAACGGGAACUCCAUCCUCCCGAGCCCGCCUCCGAACGACAACUACCCUCACUACGGCACCACCACCGGAGCCCCCUCGACAGGCGGCAUGCUGGGCUCCUCCUGCAGAUAGGACCUCACCGCGCCGCCACCGCCUCGCCUCGCCUGUCCCGGCUUGGACAGUUUACAGAAAGUCUGUACAGUCGCUUGCAUGAAAUCUAAAAGACUUCUCGGAGCCUCGGCUCGCCUGUAUUUAUUAUUUCUUCCCCUUCGCUUCGAGACUGACCAAAGCUGCUGGCAGGACUGUGAUGAAAGACUGAAACGUCUCUUCUGCUGGCAAGAUUCAGACUGCAGCGUUGGGGAGGGGGAAAAAAAAAAAAACAAGGAUGCUGGACACUGCUGGUGUGAAGGAACUUUAAUUAUGGGAUGCCUUAUUGAAACUUUGUACGAAUGUUUUAAUUCACUAACCGUCGCGGUUACCUUUUUAGCGGCGACUUGCGGGCUGUGGGAGGGGAAAAAAAACUAAAGAGUAGCUGGCUCCAUCAGCACAUCGGUGUGCAGAAUGUUUCCAUGGUAAUGUCAUCAACACACGAUGGUAACGGUAAAUAUAUUACACAUGAAUAUUUAUUAAAAAGAAAACACCUUCAAGUUCACAAAUCCCUUUGUUCCACUUUGUGUAAACUUUUUCUUUCUUUUUUUUUCAGAUGCAUAAUAUAAAGAUAAAUUAGCUAUUAAAUCUGCUUUCCUGCGUUGCUUUUCAAACAUAAAUUAAAUUUAAAAUGUAGUUUUGGGAAAAAAAUCUUAAGUUUUCAAUACGUUCUACCUCAGCAAACUUAAACUGGAUACGACUGUCCUGUUCGGUAACCUCUUCUGACGCAAUGCUACUAAUUAAAAUUCAGCCUGCAGCGUUACCUAACUAAUGUGUACACACCAUCUUCUGUCUGAAGUGUUAAAUCGAGCAGACUGCAACUCUGGUUUUAUCCUAGACUGAAUUGAUGUUCCUGUAUGAUACUAAAUUGGAGAUGCACUGAUCAGUUGGCCAGAGAUCAAAAUUAGACUCUAUUUUUGAUUUCUUCAGUGUUGCUGAUCUGUGGUGAAAUACCAAAAUAUCAGACUUUUGCAUCAAAUGCAUCAAAACUAAUUAUUUGUUAGGUAAGCACACCACUAGGAUUUCAUUUAGUUAUUUUUUUAUUUUCUAAGUUUGUUCCUUGUUGCAUUUUCUCUUUUUUUGAAAGAAUCUGAAUUUCUUAAAAAUACAUAUAUUACUAGUUGUCUACUUAAAUAACACUUUUGUAUUUGCGUCAAAUACUGAGAUUCUGCUCAAGAUUCAAAAACUGUCAUUUCACAACUUUGCUUUUUUUUUUUUUGCUUGCCUUUUGAUUUAAACAGGGUAAUCAACGCAUUUUUUUUUAAACAAACAAAAUUAAUCAGAAAUAACAAAUUGUCCAUUAAGGAAUCUUUAUUUACUGUUGAGUAAUUGAGUUUGCAUUUGACAAAUGGAGAUGUUGUAUAGAUUGUAAAACGAGCCUGACCUAAAUUAGAUCAGGAUGCCAGAAAAGCUGUGAAAUUUCCCUUUACCUCCCCGAGAGGAGAUUCGGAGGCCAACUUGGCUAGUUUAUUGUUGCUGUUAGGAAGCGUGAGGCAUGUUUGUUUUAUUCCUUUUAAUUAAAAGAAAAUCUGCAUCUGUAGUGGCCAGGAAAUGUCUGAUCGGUGCAUCUCUAUAUGAAACAGGAGGAAUUGUAUGAAAUAUCUUUAGCGUGUUUGUUUGCUCUUUCAAUGUUUUUCCUCAUACUUCAGAGCAGUGAUUGAGUAAAAAAGAUGGAUCUUCCUGUAUUUGAUGACUGACUUUUUUUCAAAAUAUCAUUAGUUUCUCACAAAAAGAAAAAAAAAUACUUAAAAAUGAAAGAAAAUACUCGUUUUAAUUUGGUCUGAGAAAAACUCGCCAAAUGCUAACCCUCACAAACAUAACAUUGUUUGUCACCAUGGCUUUUUUUUGUUCGUUUCUGGUGUCAUUCUUGUCUAAAAUAUAUAUAUUUUUUUAACCCAAUAAUACCAUUACUUAAGAUUAUUUGGCAGCGAUUACACUGUAAAACUUUGAGAGAAUCAAUCCAAACUUUGUGGAGAAACGGAAGAGAAAGUUAAUUUCAGUUCAGUUUAUUUCACAAUUAGUAGAAUCAAAGUUGGAGGAGUCUUCCUCCAGCGGUUUGGGGUAAAUGGAAAUUUACUACCCCUCAGCCAGGAUGUUUUUGGGAGUCAGCAUAUACAAUAAUCGCGUGUUAUUCUGGUAAAAGCAUUGGAAAUGGAGGGGAGGAGCAAUUGUCCUGGAAAGGUUCCUGCUCAAAACCCACCAAUAGUUUGUGAAAAUGCUUUCACAAUGUCAAAUCCAGAUUUAUUAUGAAUUUUCUGCAACAUGUAAAUUGUACACCGAUCGAAAAUCGAAAGAGGAAACAUAACCUGUAUGAAAAUCGCCUCCCUACCUUUCGCGUCGACGGCUGAAUGAACGCUCGAUGUGUGUAAAUAACUUCAAGAGGCGUUGUAAAAUGUGUUUUUAACCUGUACCUCUUUAAUAUUUUCUAUAUUUUUAAAAUGAUGCACAAACAGCACGUGUUCAGUGUGGGAGGUGUUUAUGAUGUGAAGGCAUUGGAAAAGGAGAAUGUUGUCUCAUUCGUAAGAAAACAAGGUUAUUUUUAAUUUGAGGACUUCUUUGAUUUUAUUUGAUUUUUAUUUUUUCAUUCACUCACUGAAGCAGCAUACAAUAGGAAGUCCCAUCUUAUGUUGAGGCUAAAAUGAUUGUUUUUAAGAUUAAAAAAUGUAGAAUUUUUUUUUUGUUUUUUUGGAGAAAUUUCAAAAACAUCAGAUUUAUAUAUAUAUAUAUAUAUAUAUAUUUUUUUUUUUCACUUUUGGUCUACAACCAGAAAUGUGUUUAUGCGUUUCCAACACUGGCAGACCAAACCGUUUAAUACGGUUAACUUUGGACUUGUUUUCCAGAUUUUUUUCUUUCUUUUAUGAUCACUUUGUUAUGUUUUCAUCACAUAAUCUUUUCUUUGUAAACAUCACCCAGGUCGUCUGAGCUGUCGUAAAGCUUCGGCUUCACCUACUGCUGUUUGUCUGUCCGCGCGGGUGUGUGUAUGUGUGUGUGUACAUAUUUAUUACAAGGGGUGAAUUUAAAAUUAAUUGUGCCAAAUGUCAAAAUUUGUGCUAUACUAGGACAAAAAAAAUCUAUAUGUCGAAAAUUAGAUAAGGUCUAAUCAUGAUGAGUUUCUACAAAGUAUUUAAAAUGUUUUAUGAAGGUUUAUUUCUUAAAGACCAAUUUUUUUUUACAUACAUAUAUCUAUAGCUUUUUAAGGCUGUAUUCUUCACCAUCUGAUUGGUGGUUUAAUUCUGCCUGAAACGAGUCGGCUGCGUGCGCGGAAACGCAGGUUGAAUGUUUAAAGUCUUAGCCAGUUUCCAUCUGGUCUUAUUCUCCUGUCGAAAAGCUUUUAAUCAAGACAAAUGAAAGUGUUCUUACUGUUUAUCAUGAUGUUUUGUGAAGCUCAAUGUGAAAGGGACCUGGGCUGGAAGGAAGAGAUUACAUUAAAGGAAGAACAAUUUGA